GUUCUGAUUGCCAUUCCCCGCCAUCGAAAAUAUUCUGCCCGCCGCCGUGCGUAAAUUUUGUUGCAUUCGAUAACAGCGAUAUUUCGAUAAUUUCUUCACGCGACCUCAGAUUUGGGCAUCGACAUUCGUUCUUCGCGCCUCUUGACCCUGCAGACCCUCAAUGACUAUACGGUAGCAAUUGUGGCUCUAGAGUUCGUGAGAGGAUCUCUAGAAGCCGAUCGACGAUCCCCCUUCGCCCUCCGACUUAUACCAGAGCUGUCGCAAAGUCCUACGAGAUGAUUGUGACCAAAAAUGCAGCAGAACUAUGCGUUCUGCUCAUCGGCGAGCUGUAUGGUCAGCUACCAUCACGUCUCUUUGCUGUACUUCUCGCCAAAGGCCGGUCUACCAUAAAACACUUAGCGCAGAAUACUUCCAUGGGCCCCCGAAUGGUCCGCCACGGCCUCGUUGUCUUGACUCAACAAAACCUCAUCUACCACUACACCGACCCCGACACAAGCAUCACCCACUUCGAGGCAAACUCCGAAGCGGCCUAUAAUAUUGUCCGACACGGGAAGAUCCUUAAUAUCAUCCAUCGCAACUACGGCGAGGAUUCCGCGAGGCUGGUUCACCAAGUUCUGAAUUUGGGUCAUGUCAAAAUAUCGGAUCUUGCCAAGCAAUACAAGACCGCGCGCCAAGAGCCUGGAACGGCCAAUGGCGCAGCGAAUGGCAUAUCGUCUGAUACUGCCGACAACGAUUCUGAUUAUGAGGGUGAGGCAUUGGACAUGGUGGCCCAACUCAUUGCGGUCGGGAUUCUGGAGCCUGUCAAUGCAAGAACGUUCCAAUCUCCAGAGGACGUCCGCGCCGGGAUCGAAAAAGAUAUUAUGGAAUCCUACCCUAGCGGUGUCAGAGGAGCCAAGCAGAAAGCGGAUUUCUUCCAGAAAUCUGCAGAGGCAUGGAAAGAGUACCAGGACGAGAGCAGAGAGCUCAAGCGACAAUUGGAGGGUCACUAUCUCUUUGGGCCAGGUGCGAAGCGGCGAAAGCUUGCGAACGGAAGCAAAACGAACGGCUUCAAGGCCACAAAUACACACAUGCUUGACGAAGAAAAACGAGAAGUUGCCGUUCGUGUCAACUACGACAAAUGCCUCGUCGAGCUGCGAAACCAUAGGCUAACUCGAUAUGUCGCGGAUGAAAUUGGCGAAGUUACCGCCCAAGUAUAUGAGGCAGCGCUGUCUGCCUUGGCCAAAAACGUCAACAUAUGCCAGGCCAGUGAGAAGAGCAACGAAGACACGUUCGUUACGCGUUCUGUUACCACGAUGGAGAUUUUUGAAAACCUAAGGCCUGGUUUGGACGUUUCUAGUGGAAUCGGAAAGGCACCCCCAACUAAAAUCAACGCCAAAAGCGCAGAACGCAUUCAAGCCAACCAGCCAGGCCAUGACGCGGAGGGCGAGGGCGAGGAUAUGUCAGAAGAUGACGACGACGACGAUGAUGACGAUGACAUCGAGAUGUCCAAUGGUGUUCAGUCUAAUGGAGUCCAUGAGACGGAAACUAAGAUCACAUCGGGUCACAACGGUUCUAGGGAAACCAAAGUGAAAUUUGAAGAGAACGUCCCGGUUGCUCCUACCAAAGCAGACCGAUUGCAGCAAAUGCGACAGCAUCUCCUCCUGCUCGCCGAAAGCAAUCGACGGUUCAUACGGCAUUGCGGCAUGCGCGACCAAGGCGAAUGGACCGUCGACUUCGACAGUCUCAUGCGAACAUUGAAGUACUCUGAAAUUGAUACCCUGAUUGAGCAGACGUUCGGCAAACCGGGUCUGCGCCUCACGCGAAUUCUCCGUGCAAAAGGCAAACUCGAUGACAAGACGUUGCCAGCGCUGGCUCUGAUGAAGAAGGCAGAUGUGCACGUCAAAAUGGUGGAAAUGGAGCUUGCUGGUUUCCUGGAGGUACAGGAGGUACCUCGCGACAACAACCGCACUGCGAGUCGAACACUAUUUCUUUGGUUCUUCGAAGAGGAAAAGCUUUUGACGCGAGUCACGGAUAACACAUACAAAUCCAUGGUACGCCACCUUCAGCGGCUUGAAGUCGAACGUCGCAGAAAGAAGAACGUCUUGGCUGUAGUUGAGCGGAAGGACGUGCAAGGCAUGGAGGAGGAGAAGCUGCGAGGUGAUGUAUACAACGAGUACCGCGAGUUUUUGGACAUUGAGAGCAAACUUCUGGGCCAGGUGGAUAGACUCGAUGACCUCGUGUCCGUGUUCCAAAACUACUAGGGAAGGACCAGAAAACGGGGUUUGUCACCUUGGCGUGAAUUGAAAGGCGUUUUCAUGGCGGCGUUAUUUUGGCUGGCAGCCCAGGGAUGGAACUGUUCCACUGCAUCAGGCGGCGGCGUUUAGUUCAAUAAGCUGGGUCACACAUAUCUGAUCUUAACAGUAGAGCCAUACACGAAGCUCGCGGUGUGGAUUUGGACAACUGGUAGAACGGAAUUAUACACUAUUAAUAUUCCACAGUUUUGUACAAUUGCUAGUUAUGGAUGUGUUUACC